CUGAGUCGCCUCGCUUGCUUUUCUUCCUCGUGCUGCGCGUGAGGCUGCGAGCGUUACGGGCGAGUGAGCACAGGUUUAGCUUGUUGUGUGCAAAUCAUUUCGACCUGUGCUCAAGUUUUUCAUUUAGUGCUAACGAAGGUCUACAAAUCUAAGAGUAUUUUGUAGGGAAGGUACAAGUAGAUCUAAGUUUAGAUUAAGACAAACGGAGCUCUCUAAUGUUUCUGAUGUGGUGAUAUAUCUCUUCCUGAGUCAAUUAUUAAGAUGAUGACCUUGCUUCUGAUCACCUUGACCUUGGCCACAGUGUCCGGCAACCCGACCUGGUACUUCUCCAGCCCGCCGGCCACCAGACACGACAAGGAGCCAGAUGUCCGGAGCUACAGCCUGGACUACGCCGGCUUCAACGCGAUCGGCAACGCACUGCGUUACGAAUCAGCAGGAUACAAGAUGAAAUUUCGGGUCGCGCCUCCAAGAGACGCGCUGUACUUUUCUGAAGACUCGCUACCAGCAAACGACAAGCGGGUCAAAUCAUGCCUGCCCAAAACAGGUAUAAACCAGCUCAAAUGCAACAACUACACCGACCCAGCAAGCACCUGCACUGUGUAUGUUGACCUACCUUGCAAGGCGAAACCAGGUCAUUCUCGAUGGGAGGCGAACUUGCUGAUGGAUGUCACAAUCGUGAAAGAAAAAAUGUUGACAGUGAGAGACUGCACUGUUAUGUGCUUGGAUAUAGGGUACUUCGACGAUGAUGUGUAUCAAGGAGGGAAUGGGAUCUCCUACGGCGGUACGGGGUGGAUUGUUGCCUUCUUCGUGCUGGGCGCCUUGGUGGUGUUGCUCGGAGGGGUGUAUGUGUGGUGGAGGUGGUCGGGGAAGCAGGAGUUUGACUAUCGGGAGUUUGAGAGUAUGAGACCCAAGCCAGAAAAGCCAAGUAAACCUCUGCAGAAAGAAUAUUCGAUUUCGAAAUCCACAAGAAUGGCGAGUUUUUAAAACCAUCAACUUAAUUCCAUCCAACAUAGUUUUAAUUGGCGAAUGUAAUUAUAGAUCUUCAAGCUUAAAUUAUGUAUAUUUCUAGAUAAUCUCACUGCUUAAAAGCAUUGUAUUUGGUCUAUAAAAUGUAAUGGUCUUAACAUGCAUUACCUUGUUUCUUAGUUUAUUUACAUAAAAUUACACAUUGCACAUGUUACGAUGAAAGCCCAAAGUCGGCUUAAGUACACAUUUGCCGGCAAGUGCGCGCAUUUGCCUAAAUUCGAAACUUUACUUGAUUUCGGCCUUUGGCCGGCCAGUUCUCGUUUUGCCAUUCUUCAUUUCUUGUUCCAUAUUCUCGAGAUUGUCCUCAGCAACUAAAUUAUCGAGAGCUUCUCCUUGCAGAUUUGAAGUGUCCCAGUUUUGCUUUGCGUCAAAAUAAGGCUUCGUAAAGCGAUUGUUGUAUUCCUUGAUGAAAAGAACGGUUUUCAUAAAUUAAAUGAGUUAGAGACUCAGCCCAAUGAGCUGUUUCCUUUGUCUGCAUCCAUGUCAUCAUCAUUAUUUGAACAUCUUGGUUGGCACGCUCGACUGAACCUUGGUUUUGACUAUGGUUUUCCGUGAACUAGUUUAAUUAGACGACCAAUGCCUUUUUUACUUUCUUGUAUAGAGAAAGUCUUGUAAUCGUCCAAAAAAAAUCGAGAUUUUUACAAAUCUCGACGUUUUACACCUCACUGAUACUGAAAAACAUAAUUUUGCAAUCUUGUCCGUGUCUGUGUGUCUGUCUGUCUGUGUGUAAACACGAUAACUUGAGUACCGUUACAGCUAGGUUGUUGAAAUUUCAUAUAUAAGUAUUUUAUCAAAAUCGUAGAUCAUGAUCAACUUUUGAGCGAUUUCCGAGAACCGGAAUAGGUACUUUUUCUACUUUGAAUUUUUCAAAAGCCUAUAACUUGAGUACUAUUUCAGAUAGAUAAAUGAAAUUUCACAAGUAAGUAAAAGAUCUAAUUCUCUACUAUCUGUCAAAUGUUUAGUAAUUUCCGUUGAACGGAAGUACUAAUUUACGCUAUUUUCGAUUUCUCAAAAACGAAUGUAAAUUUAUAAAGUACUAAUAAUAUUGCACACUAUUAUGCACAUUUUGUUUUGGCGUUCGCUUGGUGCGCAAUUCUUUUUUCUAUGAGAUUCUAUUCUAUUUUUAAAACUUUAUGUAAUUAAAAAUCAUGUCUAUAUUUCAAGUUAUAUAAGAAUAUUCGAGAAAGUUUAGGGGAGAUCACUCCCGGUUUAUUGUUCAAGUACUUCCUCUGAAUGGUAAUCAAGUUAUCGUGUUUACAGACCAGAGGCGUA